CUGUCUAACACGACCUAAUCACUUAAUUAGCCCCAAUUCACUAAAACUGAGCAAAACAUGGAGGCUAUGAGCUCCAGCCUAUUGCACUCUUUCUUCUUCCUAAGCUUGUUGUUUUCACUCGCCAAUGCGGUCCCAAGAAUUCACUACCAUGACUUCAUUGUUCAAUCAACCCCAGUGAAGAGAUUGUGCAAUACUCACAGCUCCAUUACUGUGAAUGGGCAAUUUCCAGGACCGACCUUGGAAGUAAACAACGGUGACACUCUUGUCGUGAAAGUUGUUAACAGGGCUCGAUACAAUGUCACCAUUCACUGGCAUGGGAUUCGACAAAUCAGGACAGGAUGGGCGGAUGGACCCGAAUUUGUGACACAAUGCCCCAUUAGACCAGGGGGGAGUUACAAGUACCGGUUUACUGUACAAGGGCAGGAAGGGACACUAUGGUGGCAUGCACACAGUUCAUGGCUUAGAGCCACUGUCUAUGGAGCUCUCAUUAUUCAUCCGAAAGAAGGAAAUUCCUAUCCAUUCCCAAAGCCAAAGCGCCAAACACCCUUACUUCUUGGUGAAUGGUGGGAUGCAAACCCGAUCGACGUUAUUAGAGAAGCCACAAGAACUGGUGGAGCUCCUAAUGUGUCUGAUGCAUAUACCAUCAAUGGCCAACCGGGUGACCUCUACAAUUGCUCUAGUAAAGAAACUGUGAUAGUUCCAGUAGAUUCAGGGGAAACCAACCUUCUGCGAGUCAUCAACUCAGCACUAAACCAACAACUAUUUUUCAGCAUCGCGAACCACAAAAUGACUGUUGUUGGAGCUGAUGCUUCCUAUGUUAAACCCUUCACUACAAACACACUUAUGCUCGGACCAGGACAAACAACUGAUGUACUAAUAACAGGUGAUCAAAUACCGGCUCGAUACUACAUUGCAGCACGUGCCUACGCCAGUGCACAAAAUGCACCUUUUGACAACACGACCACCACAGCCAUUCUUGAAUACAAAAGUGCACCUUGUCCUGCAAAAGGCGCCUCCAUUAGGCCUGUCUUGCCUUCUCUUCCCGCGUUUAAUGACACCGCGACAGCCACAGCAUUCUCCACCAGCUUCAGAAGCCCGGGAAAAGUUGAAGUGCCUAAAGAGAUCGAUGAGAGCCUCUUCUUUACAGUUGGUUUAGGCCUCAACAGAUGCCCCUCAGGUGCCAUGUCUAGUACAUGUCAAGCUCCAAACGGAACACGCUUCACAGCGAGCAUGAACAAUGUUUCAUUUGUGCUACCAUCAAGCUUUUCCCUUUUAGAAGCACAUCAUCAAGGAAUUCCAGGUGUCUUCACUACUGAUUUUCCAGCAGCUCCACCUGUGAAAUUCGAUUACACCGGCAAUGUCAGUAGCUCAUUGUGGCAGCCUACUCGGGGAACUAAAGUGUACAGGUUAGAGUAUGGAUCCAAAGUGCAAGUAGUAUUACAGGGGACAAGUAUAGUCACAGCUGAAAAUCACCCAAUUCAUCUCCAUGGAUACGACUUUUAUGUGAUAGCAGAGGGAUUCGGAAACUUCAAUCCUGAAACAGAUACAUCCAAAUUUAAUCUGGAUGAUCCACCUCUUCGUAACACAGUUAGUCUACCGCUCAAAGGAUGGGCUGUCAUAAGAUUUGUUGCUGACAAUCCUGGAGUUUGGAUCAUGCAUUGUCACUUGGAUGUUCACAUAAGUUGGGGUUUAGCUAUGGCUUUCUUGGUUGACAAUGGAGUUGGGGAACUAGAAUCGCUGGAGCAUGCUCCUGAAGAUUUGCCUCUUUGCUAAUAAUCACAGGCUCACUGCUCAUGCAUUCAUGCUGUUGGCUUAAUAAGGCCUAUGUUAGUUGAGCCAUAUUGGGGCUCUUUCCUUCUUAAUUUCCAGUAAUCUGUAUUUUUGGUAGGCAAACAAACAAGUCAAUAAAUAUUAAUAUGAAAUUUUUUUGCUAUAUAACAUAUUAUUAUAUUGUAUUUUCAUAUUUGAAAUAUGAAAUCAUAAAAUUACUUUUAUUUCAUA